AUGAAAUUGUCACAUGAAACGGUGACUGUUGAAUUGAAAAAUGGUUCUGUGGCACAUGGAACAAUCGCAGGAGUUGAUGUGGCCAUGAAUACACAUCUUAAAACGGUCAAAUUGGUGAAUAAAAAUGGCGCUCAACAAACACUGGAUUCAUUGACCGUACGUGGUAAUAAUAUACGUUAUUUUAUAUUACCGGAUUCAUUACCAUUGGAAACAUUAUUGGUUGAUGAUACACCUAAAGCUAAGGCAAAGAAACGUGAUAUGGGUAGAGGUGGUGCCGGUGCAAGUCGUGGUGGUCGAGGUCGUGGUAGUCGUGGUCGUGGCCGAGGUGGUAUUGGUCGUGGUAGUGCACCACCACGGAAACGAUAACAUAGAUAAGAUGAAUUAUUAUUUGAACCAAAUCCAUCAUCAUCAUCAUAAUCAAUAUGAUCAUCAUCAUUUAUUAUCAUUAAUGAAAUUUGUAAUUUUCUCACAUUUAUAAGGAUAAUAAUAUAAAGUUUUUUUUCUGAAUCAAAAUAAACAAAUUUUUUUUU